AUGGAUAAAAUAGACUUACCUCAGCAUUCCCAUAUCAACGUCGACGGAGUGACAUUUUUCAGCAACUUUGAUUCAGGAAACCUUGCAAGAGCAGUAAGAACAGGAAUUGGUCAAGUAUCAUAUAUUUAGUACGAAAUCUGAAUUGCGGCUGACGCAGCUCAGAGAGGACACAAUAGCUACAGAGUUUGAUUUAAUUUUGGAAUCAGAGGACUAAGAAAAGGAACUUUAUUGAAAUUGACAAUCAUGAACAUGAGUAACAUAAGAAUCCUUGCAUCACAAAACUAUAGACCUGUAUGAAGAGCAAUUCCAGAGCAGACACAGUGGCAGCGAAUACUUACAGAAUGCUCUUAUGAAAACAAUUUUGCAACUUUAUUCAAAUUGUCAUGGACAAUGGAAUAUUUUUAAAAAAAAAAUUAAAUCAUAAAAAUAAUUCAAAUUUUUUUUAAAAAAAUUAAAACCUAUGGAAUACACAUAUGAGAACAGUGAUUUAUAUUUUGCCUUUGCUCCUCCUUAUCCAUACUCAGAAAUCAUGAAAACCAUCGAUUUUUUUGAAAAUGUGUGCCCUGCUGACUCAUUAUUUUACAGAGAAACUUUAGUUAGAAGCCUCGACAAUCUUAACGUCGAGGUUAUCACAAUCUCAAACAGAGAAAAUUUCCAAAACCAAAGAGAAGAAAAAAUCCCUUAUCUUUUCCCUUCACAAAUGCCAAGAUCUUUCAAAGCUAAAAAACCUAUAAUUUUUAUCAGCGCCAGAGUCCAUCCUGGAGAGACUCCAGGAUCUUUUAUAUUAGAUGGAUUUUUACAAGCUUUAUUAAGCCAAGACAUAAGAGGAUUUAUGCUGAGGAAAAAUUAUGUAUUUAAAAUUAUUCCUGUUUUAAAUCCAGAUGGGGUGCGCAGAGGCCAUUUUAGGGUUGAUCAAAAUGCUGUAAACUUAAACAGAUGCUAUGAAUCACCUUCAUUCGUAGACCAGCCAACUAUUUACGCUGCAAAAGUUUAUUUUGAGUACCUGCAUAAAGAAGGAGGGAUUGACAUUUAUUUAGAUUUCCACGCCCACAAUUCAAAACGAGGCUGCUUUGUAUAUGGAAACUGUUUACCGCCAGAAAAACAAAUAGAAAAUGAACUAUUUGCAAAAAUAAUUGAGCUGAAUUCCCCGUUUUUUGAUUUCAAUGAGUGUGAUUUCAGUGAAAAAAGCAUGACUUCAAAGGAUCCAAAAGAUCAUUUUAAUAAGGAAGGAAGCGGCAGAGUAGCAUUUUAUAAGACAGCGGGCAUAAUUUGCAGUUAUACAGUAGAAUGCGCAUAUAAUGUUCCUAUUCCUCUACAUACAGUUUCCCCACUCGUUAAUGUUAAAACAGGCAGAAGACUAUCAGAGUCUAUAAAUUAUAUAUUGACCCCUGAUAGUAUUGAUCUCUAUAACCGCGCGUUUUUUAACGAUAUUGGCUCAGCUGUAGCCUUUACUAUUUUAGACUAUACCAAUAUUAACCCAAUCACAAGGAUACCUACUAGUGAAUUUAAAAAUUUAGAAGCAAUUAAAGCUUAUUUAGAAGUAAGGCAACAUCUUCCGAGCAAAGGAAAAGCCCCUGUAAGAAGAAGUCUUUCAAGAAAUGAUCCAAAAGUGAAGCAGCUUGAAUCGAAAAUUAUUCCACAGAAGCUUGCUGGGAUUGCCAAGCGACAAAUACACAAAAUGAAAAUUGUGAGUCCUAUGUUUUCUGAUAGGAAUGCCACAAGUGUUGGAGCAAUCAGGUCGAAAAAAAGACUUGGAUUGCUUUUGCAUAGAGGAAAGCCUAAUAAUGCAGAUAUGCAGAUUGCAUUGGGUAACAAAUAA